CGGCAAGGCUGGGCGCUCAGUGUGGCGGUUCAUCCUUCAGUCCUCACCCUCGUGAGGGGAAACACGUCCAAGCCAUAAGAAUUCUGGUGUUGCCUGUCCAUCUCCGAACUCACAGGAAAAUACUUUCAAGGAAGUCCCGUUGCUUGAAAGUAUUGCUUCUUUGCAGCUGUUUUCAGGCAGGCUCUUCCGUGGUGCUUGAAGGAGUGAUCCAGAACCUACAAACUCCUUCAAGGAACCUCCAUUAUCUCUACAGCUCGAAGAUAAUCCUCCUCAAAUUUCUUGACUUGCAGAGAGUCUAACUUUUUUUUAAGGAUGGCUCGUCACAUUUUGCCUUUGGUGCUGCUGGUGGUGGCGUUGGUUGUACGACUCAUCCUCUCUGCUCCCGUGGGUGAGGAAGUUGAAGUAAAUAAAUUCCAUGAGCCGCUUGAGGAAGAGGUUGUGAAUUCUUCUAUCUUCAACAGCCUCGCUACCAGACCUUGUCCUGGAAAAUGUUAUGUCCGUGACUUCAGGAAUCGCUGUCGUCUGAAGUUCACUUGCAUGAUGGGCUGAUGUUCCCAGUUUUCACAUUCAGUUUCCAUUUGCUAUCUUUUCUGCAAAAUAUUUGCUUUAUAUUUUAAAUUGACAGAUUACACUUGCUCAUUCAUUUACAAAAUAAUUUCCCCUUUCUUUAAUUUCAAAAUUUUAAUUUAAUUCGUCAUUGGAUUGUAACAUGAUUUUCAUUUUGGUCUUAUUCACAUGCAGCACAUCUGUUUCCACUUCUUUAUUAUAUCCAUGUGUCAGAAGCUCAUCAAUAAGCCUACCCAUCUGACGCUUGCCACUCAGAAUCCUUCACUAAACAGAAGCCUUCACGAAAUGGAAGCUUUCCCUAAACAGAAAGCCUCAUCAAAACAGAAGCCUGCAUUGAACAGAAGACUUCAUUAAACAGAAGCCCUAUUUAGUCAGAAACAUUCACCAAACAGAAACCUUAACCAAUCAGCCCACCCUACUGAAGCUCACUUGUCAGAAGCAAGACCUCGUCCUGACGAGGUCUUGGUCGUCCAUAACAGGUGUCAGGUGUGGGCGGUGAGUUGAUGAGCCAUGUUGCACAUGUUUUUCCUUUAAUUAUUAAAAGAAAUAGUGGGGUAAAUUUCACUUGAUUUAUACGUACAUAUGACGCUUAAGCUUAUAGAUUUAUCAAGCAAGCUUCUUAUUGCAGUUUUCUAUCUUGAAUUAUUCCGACUAGAACUUUUCUUGGUACGCAAUUUAGAUUUCAUGACAUAGUUAAGAUUGACAUAGAACUGAAAAAUGUGUUGUACUUACUUGGAAUAAAAAUGGCAAAAAUAGAUAAA